AUGUAUGAAACAUCGGCGAAACACUCACAUCAUUCAAAUAUACCACUAAUUAUUAAUAGUGAAGCAGGAGAAUCUAUUAAAAGCACCAUCUACUUAAAAGGAUUGAAACCUUGGAUUUCACAUUUUCCAAUAACAACUGUCCCAUCAUCUAAUGAAUUUAAAAUCAAACAAGCAGUUCCCGGUAAUCGACAAGUGAUCGUCACUUGGGAUAAAAUACCUGAAGCAAUAGGGUAUGUUUUAAAAUAUAGUUUGGGUUCUAAUAUAUAUGUAAUUGGUCUUGAUCCUGAGACUACUUCAUAUACAGUUAUUGGUCUUGAAAAUGGUUCAACUUAUUAUUUUAAAGUGAUGGCCCGUUCAACAACUGUUAUAAUGGUCGAAACAUCUACAAUCUUAGUCAAAGUUGGUCGAACGAGUGGAUUACAAUCUCAUCAACUUGGACUUCUAGUAAAUGAUAACGAUCCAGAUAGUAUAGCUGUAGCCGAAUACUAUCGAAUACGUCGUCUAAUUCCUUCGGAGAAUAUCGUUCAUCUCAGUUUGCCGAAAGUAACCAGAUUGACUGCUAACGAAUUUACACCAUUGAAAAACAAAGUUGAUGAACUGAUGCCACCAACUGUUCAAGCUUUGGCAUUGGCAUGGACAAUCCCUUAUGCUGUUGAAUCGAUGAUGCUUGCAGGAAAGAAUGUUGAUCAAGUUAAAGCUUUGAUCGAUCGUGGAAUUGCAUCUGAUGGAACACAACCGACUGGUUCUGCUUAUAUUAUGAACACAACAGAUUCUAUUAGAAGUGUUCGUGCCAAAGUCUUUAUUAGUUAUUAUUUAGGAAAAACGAUCAGUCCACAUGUCAAUGUUCAACUUCUGCAAGCUAACUCAAUUUCUGGAACUACGGAUGUACUAUUCUAUUUCCAAGGUUUACAUGCCGUUAACGACAUCACAACAAAUAAAUAUCCACCAGGUGCGGUCGCCGAUCAAUUGACAUUAUACGGUGGAAUGCUCACUGAUUCUGGAUCACAUAUGUCUAUUCUAGAAUUUAUUGCUGCUGGUUUUACAGGUUCAUUCGGCACAGUCAGUGAACCAUGUUCCUGGACUCAAAAGUUUCCUAAUCCACAAUUUAUGAUACAACAUUACACCAAAGGUGAAACUCUAAUUGAAUCCUAUUGGAAAAGUAUUCUACAAGUAUUUCAAGGUGUGUUCGUCGGAGAACCAUUGGCUAAUCCUUGGAGACAAUAUAUUUCUUAA